AUGAUCAAUUAUUUCAAAAGUGGUACGGUACAUAGCUGGCUACGUAGUGAAUGGAAAGCAGGUCCGUUAAGCUCGGCAUAUGACACUCAAUGUAAUAACCAGCAGGCAAACGUCACCAAAGUGCAACAGCUGCCCUGCACUCCGCGUAUUGAGACUUAG